AUGAUUGUCGCCGUCGACUUGGUUACCACCAUUUUCUUCUCCACCUUCUUCAGUCUUGUGGUUGACGAGAGCGAUGACGAUGUGGUUGACGAGAGCGACAACGACGCUGGCGGUCCCGAAGUGUGCGACGCGCGAAACGCAUUCGUUGCUUGUGCGUGCGCGUCGUAG